AUGUCCAUAAAAGAAGGAGAUCAGCCAACACAAAUAGCGUUUGAAGAUAUCGUAAACAAGAGUUUGGAGGAAGCAAAUGAAGCAUUAAAAGAUCCCUACGUUUUCAAAUCAGACAUACAAAAGGUGGCAGUGAUUGGUGCUGGGCCUUCUGGCUUGGUAUCAGCACGACAUUUGAAGGAAGCAGGGCUUUCUGUUCGAGUGUUUGAUAGAAAUUCGCAUGUGGGUGGUGUAUGGGUCUAUUCAGAAAGACCUCGACCCAAACCAAAGAUGCCUACGUCUCGUGUAGCAAGAGGACAAGCAGAGCAUGCAACAGCAACCACCACCAAUCCUGCAACAAAUGAACCUCAAAAGAAGCUUUUUGAAAUGACGCCAGAAGUGCAGAACCUAUUGCUCACCAAGAAACCACCAUCAGCAUGUUACAGAGACUUGUACAACAAUACGGCCACUCCACUGAUGGGAUUGCCUGAUUUUCCAUUUCCCGAGAACACGCCCACCUACAUUCCUCAUUUCAGCAUUGCAGAGUAUCUGGAAAACUAUGCAAAUGAAUUUGAUUUGAUGCCAUUGAUUGAAUUCGAUACAAGCGUGGAUCUGGUCACUAAGAAUCAAGAGGAUCAUACUUGGGAACUGACCCUGAGUAAAUACGAUGUGUAUACAAGUGGUAUGGUGCGUGAGACUCGCUGGAAGGAGACAUUUGAUGCUGUUGUCGUGGCCUCUGGUCAGCAUCAAGACCCCUAUGUGCCUGAUAUCAAGGAUCUGACAGCGUUCAACAAGAUUUAUCCUGAUAAAGUAUCGCAUUCUGUUCAGUAUAGGAAGCCUGAAGAUUACAUAGACAAGAAUGUAUUGGUUGUGGGUGGCAGUGUGUCCGCUGUGGAUAUUGUGAGAUCGUUGGAGGGAAUUGCCAAAUCAAUCACCAUCUCUAUCAAGGGCCCAUUUGAUUCUCCAUUUGUCAUCUAUCAAGUGUUGCGCUCCUUGAUUCCCAAAUGUGUCAAUGUCAAACCUGAAGUCAAAGCCUUCUCCAAUGCUGAAGGGCAAGUGGACGGAUCUGUCGUUUUUGAAGACGAUUCCACUCUGGACAAUAUUGAUCAAGUCAUCUUCUGCAGUGGUUUUAAUAGUCGCAUGCCAUUCCUUGGAGACCUAGUGAUCCCCAAAGGAAAGGAAGAUGUCAAGUAUACUCCACCUCGGCCUAUUUAUGAUGAUGUUCCCGAGAGCCAUGUCGUGCUUGGUCCCCAGUUCCCUCUCAAUGUUUAUCGCGAGUCAUUCUUGACCAGCGAUCCUACUUUGGCAUUUGUUGGACAGCCUCCUUUCUUUAGUCCACUGUCGCAAUACGAUACCCAGGCAAGAGCUGUAGCUCGUGUAUGGAGUGGUGCUGCUCUUUUGCCCAACAGAGACCUUAUGCUCAAGUAUUCUGCUGAACAUGAUGAUGGCAUCAGUCCUCUAGAGUUGUUUAAUGGUGACAGACGUAGAAGAGAACCACUCAUUGUUUGGUUGAACCAUCAUGCCACCACUGUCGCUGCCAAGAACGGACAGGAGUAUCCUCCCCUCGAGAAUUACAGAGAGGAUUACGAAGAAGAAGGUUUAAAGAGCAUGAAGCAAUGGGUUGUAAUAUCUACAGAGAACUUUAAAAAGGCUCGAGAGCACAUAAAAGCGCACAAUCUUUAA